CUACGCUGCCUCUGUGUGGUGUAGUGUACUGAACACUGCGAAAUACGCUAAGCUCAGGUAAUUUCCGCACUUUGGUUCUCAGGGUAUCUAGCACAUAUAGGACAGUUUCAAAUGAGGCUCUAUAUGUCAUUGGAGCGGUGAUACCGAUCGUUUUGUUGUAGAAAGAACGAUAGUAGAGUGGCAGAUAGAAUGGGCGAAUGAUAGUGAAAAGGCAGGGUGAAAGAAAGAGCUUAUUGCCGAUGCAUUUUCUGACCGGACAUGGUAUUUUUGGCACCUUCACAAAUAGAAUAGGCAAAUCUGCCUCGGCAGACUGUACUGUUUGUGGGGUACCGGACACUCCUGUCCAC